GAUGGAUCAUUAAACCUCUUAAAGAACUGGAGAUCAAGGCAGAUAGGCAGCUACCCUACUGUACUGUAUACCCUGCAGCUUCUGUCUCACCUGUUUUUAUUUUCCUUCCUGUAUGUUAUUGGAACCUAGGAUUUAACAAAUGUAUCCUUCUACAGCCUCAGUAUUGGACCUCUCAAGGACUAUUCUGGUCACAGAGGGAAGGAACAACUUGUACAAUCGCACAGGACAAUGUAAAACAAUUCUUCCCCCGGAAUCUGGCUCUUUGCACAUAGUGCACGGUAACGGCUCCUCAGUGGGGACGGUCGUGAUGUUCCAGUGUUCAUCUAAGCAUCAGUUAGUUGGGGAUGGAAUCGCCACUUGUGUUUGGAAAGGAAAUGGUACAUUAUGGACUGCAGGGAUUCCAACUUGCAAACCUCUAUCAAAAUUUGAGACAUUUGGAUUUAAAGUUGCCGUUAUCGCAUCCAUUGUAAGCUGUGCGAUCAUAUUGUUGAUGUCAAUGGCUUUUUUAACGUGCUGUCUUGUCAAAUGUGUCAAGAAAAAUGAGAGGAGACGCUCUGACAGGGACAAGGUUGUGUGGCGUCAGUACGAAUGUGAAGAACUGGAAAAUAUGCAGGCUGCAUAUUUUGGAAUAAAAGGGCAAAACAAUAAUAACAACAAGCUAGAGAGCAAAACCGUGUAUGACGAGUGGAUUAAUGCAGCUUAUGAAAACGGAGGAUUCUGUGGAUGUCAUGAACCAUGGACAAAGGAUGUAGCGCCCUCUGGCUGCUGGGAAGAACAUUUUCCUGCCUGUGCGCACAACUGUAGCUGUAAUAAACAUUUUGUGCCAAGGUGCAGUGUUGCAGUACAGACAGUGAGUGGAAUGCACAUAGUGGAAGUUUACGGACGUGAUAAAAAUAGUUCUCGAAGACCAGAACACCAUAUACCAGAGUAGAGACAAUAAGAUUUCCUGCAUCAUUGACAAGACUGAUAUGAAAUAUUAA